AUGAAAAUUUUAUAUCAAUUUUCUAUUACCAAAGAAAUUGCAAGGGGAGGUUUUGGUAUAAUAGAAUAUGCCGAAUGGGCAACAUUUGGAAGAAAGGUAGCAUUGAAGCGUCUGAAAACCGAUAAAUCGCAACUAGAUGAAGAAUCUUUACUGGAAUUUAAACGUGAGAUAAAAUUGCUCAAAGUUUUACACCAUCCUAACCUUAAUCAAUUCUAUGGUGUAACAAAAGGUUAG